AUGUUGAGUUGUAAGCACCUCUUUUUUGGGUGCUUUGUUGGAUCCAAUGGAGUAUCUCUAACAGUCUUAGUCAUUCUUCUGAUUCCGUGUUGCUUGACUAUGGAUUUUCGAGCACCCCCACUUAUCCCAAAUGUGCCUUUCCUCUGGGCCUGGAAUGCCCCAACUGAAUCUUGUCCUGGAAAGUUUAAUGUGCCACUAGAUCUGAGUCCGUUCUCUUUAGUAGGAAGCCCCCGAAAAAGUGCCACAGGGCAACCUGUCACAAUAUUUUAUGCUGAUCGACUUGGCUUCUAUCCUCACAUAGAUGAGUCACAAAUAAAUGUGCAUGGAGGGAUCCCUCAGCUGGGGGCUUUGCAAGAGCAUUUGGAAAAAGCUAGGACUGACAUCAUGCAUUACAUGCCAAUAGACAAUGUGGGCUUGGCUAUCAUUGACUGGGAAGAUUGGAGACCCACCUGGUUAAGAAACUGGAAGCCUAAGGAUAUUUACAGGAAUAAGUCAAUUGAGUUGGUCCAGCAAGAAAAUAUCCAACUUAAUUCCACAGAAGUCAUCAAGAGAGCCGAACAACAAUUUGAAAAGGCAGGAAGAAGUUUCAUGGAAGAGACAUUAAAAUUAGGGAAAUCACUUCGGCCAAAUCACUUAUGGGGAUAUUAUCUUUUCCCUGAUUGUUAUAACAAUAAAUUUCAAGAGCAUAAUUUUAAUGGAAACUGCCCUGAUAUAGAAAAGAAAAGAAAUGACAAUCUGUACUGGAUAUGGGAGGAAAGCACAGCCCUUUACCCAUCCAUCUAUUUGAGGAGUGAAUUGGAGUCAUCCCCAAAUGCAGCACUCUAUGUCAGAAACCGUGUACAGGAAGCUAUUAGGGUAUCUAAAGUAAGGAAUCCUCAGAAUCCAGUUCCAAUUUAUGUAUAUACUCGCAUUGUUUUUAGUGAUUUAACUUUCAAAUACCUUCUUCAGGAUGACCUUGUGAAUACAAUUGGUGAAACUGUUGCUCUGGGUGCCUCUGGAAUCGUAAUAUGGGGAACUCUUGGUUUAGCACGAGGUAUGAAAAAUUGCCUGGAGCUACAUGAUUACUUGGAAAAUACUCUGAAUCCUUACAUCAUCAACGUCACCCUAGCAGCCAAAAUGUGUAGCCAAACACUUUGCCAAGAUCAAGGCAUGUGUUCAAGGAAAGAGUGGAAUUCAGAUGAAUAUCUUCACUUGAAUUCAAGGAAUUUUGAGAUUCAAUUUGUGAAAACUGGGAAGUAUGAAAUAAGUGGUAAUCCCACCUUCUAUGAUCUGGAUUACUUUUCCAAAAACUUUCGUUGUAGCUGUUACGCCAACUUGAAUUGUAGGGAGAGACUUGAAAUGGAAAAGGUGAGAUCAGUUAGUGUGUGUGCUGUUGAAGACGUUUGCAUAAAUUCCUUUGUAUUGCAGAAACUGAACCCGGUGUUCUACCUGUCAACUGGGAAAAGCCUCAUUUUAAUAAUAGAAGUCAGUCAGUUAUCACAUCAUCUGCCACAGUGUCUCCAUCUGUUCCCAGGAAAGACUUCAGUGGGUCUCUCUUUGUUCUAUCUAUUCACAGCAUUGGAAAUAUUUUACCUAGGUUUUUGA